AUGUGUGGCGCGAGCUCGACGCUACGUCAGGACGCAGCUGGAGCGAGACGGGUGAGCAUGGCUGAGGAGGGGAAAGCGUGGGCUGGCGGAUGCGAGGUGUGGACGGCGGCGGGUGGAGCGCAGCACAAGCGAUCGGCCUGCGUCGGCCUGAGCCAGGCAUCGACCCAGGCAUCGACCCAGGCAGGCGCGACCACCACCGCUGCCCUCUCCCCGCUGAUCGGGCCCGGCUUCCACAGCCCCUUCAGCUGUCGGCGACUUGAGCCUCUUGCUGCCCUGACCUCGUCUAGCAUCCGCCCAGUCACGCAGUCCCCGCCGUCGGACCCACCUACACCAUCGCCACUGCCCAUCAUGCCUUCUGCAAAGCACCGCUCCAAAACCCGGGACCGCCAGACUCCGACGGCCACUGAUCCUUACCGGAGAACUUCGCUGGCCGCUGCAGGGGCCGGAAAACGAAAUGCAGCGGCGAGUUCCCGCGGUGCCGAACAUGCACCAACACCAACAACGAAUGCGUCUACUUGGAACAAGAGCGCAAAAUCCCCGUCCCCGAAUUCCGGCAACCCGCCCUCAAACUCGCCUACCGCUCCCUCGACAGCCUCAGUGCCGGCCUCUUCCACCAUUGCAGACGACGCUGUGACGGAUGGCUUUGAUGACAACAAUCCUCUCACUGAUGGCAUGACCCAUCUUGUCAUCACCCCUUCCGGCCAGAGGCACUACCUCGGAAACUCAUCGUCAACCAGCUUCGGCCUUAGACUUCGUAGUUUCUUCGAAACCUUCCGGCGCUUUGACCAGGACUUGUCAAUUGAAGUCCAGUAUCCCACAUACAAUCCAGCAGCUUGGCCAAAGAGACGACCUUCUGUAGCCGAAGUCCCAAAGCUGCCUCCGCGCGACUUUGCUAAAAGGUUGUAUCAUGCGCAGUACACAUACAUUGGCACAAUCUUUUCGUUCGUUGAACCACGUGUCUUCGACCAGAGACUCGACAAGGUCUACAUGGGAACCCCAGAUCUGUCCGACCGGGAGGCGUGUCUUGAAUACUGCCAAGUCUUGGUCAUUCUCGCCUAUGGCCAGCUUUACAGUGUGAACCAAUGGGAUGGACACGAUGGCCCACCCGGAUUCGACUACUUCAUGCAGGCCCUGCACUUCUUGCCUGACACCCACGAUGAAGGAUCAGUCUUAUUCGUCGAGGUCCUCUCUUUGGUCGGCUAUUUCAUGCAGAAUCUCAAUCGUCGCGACGCUGCGUUCCUUUACAUCGGCCUCGCCCUCAGGAUGGCGAUUUCACUUGGCCUCCAUCAGGAGAUAGUCGACCCAGAGAUGGACGAGGGGACAAGAGAACACCGGCGUCGGCUGUGGUGGUCCGUCUACUCCAUGGACAGAAUACUGUGCGCCAAGUCUGGAAAUCCAAUUACCAUCCUUGACGAGGAUAUCGGCGUUCUACCUCCGUCAAGGCUACCGCACGAGCCCGAGAUCAGUUCUGCAACUGUACUGUUCCACUACACCGAACUAUCGCGAAUCCUCGGCAAAAUCAUGAAAGGCAUCUACCGAAAAAGCCCGAAGACAGGCUCAAGCCUUGUCACCUCUGUCUACAACAUCAUGACCGACUUGAACAACUGGCGACGUGAUCUACCAAAGCCGCUCCACUUUGAUGCAUCCCGCCUCGACCGUGAUAUCUCGCGCGAAUCUGUUUCAACAUUUUUACAUUACUAUCAAUGCAUCAAUAUGACGGCUCGUCCUCUUCUCUUCCGCGUCGUGCAACGACGGCUCGCAAACCUUGCUACAGAGAAGGAAAAGGAUUGGCGCAGCGGUCUUUCUACUACAACCAUCGCAGUGAUCGAGGCGUGUGUAGCAGCAGCUCGUGAUAGCACAACGAUGAUGCACGCUGCCGCCAAACAGAACCUUGUUGCCACCUAUGGUUUCAUGGAUGGCGAGCACAUCUUCAGCGCCGCGAUAGUAUUAGUGAUGGCCAACCUCGCCUUCCCACACAACGACUGUGACCACGUUGCCAUGGAGAAGGCCCUCGAUGUCCUUCACGGCAUGGCUGAGAAAGGCAACGGUCACAUACGGGCGAGGCACGAGCUGCUUAUCAGACUGCGCGGUAUGACUGCAGUGGACCCUGGUGCAUCAGUGCCGGCCGUUGCAAGCCCGUCUACAGCACCACCGGCGCUGGUCUUGCCAGUUGAAAGCGAAGGCGAGCUACCGCCAGAGGCAACGAUGCAGCCAUUAUUCGAUAUCGACGCAGCACUGCCCGGGAUGCAAUAUACCGGCGAUGUGAAUCUGUGGGAGGAGGGAUAUGGCGACUGGGGGCCAGCUGUAGAUUUUGACUGGGGAGCUUGGACGGAAGCAGCACAGGGACGGGAAGGUGAGCGGUGA